AUGCCCAGGAACCCCCAGGAACGCCCAGGAAGACCCAGGAACCCCCAGGAACACCCAGGAAGACCCAGGAACCCCCAGGAAUGCCCAGGAAUGCCCAGGAAUGCUCAGGAAUGCCCAGCAAUGCUCAGGAAUGCCCAGCAAUGGCCAGAAAUGCCCAGGAAUGCCCAGCAGUGCUCAGGAAUGCCCAGGAACACCCAGGAACAGCCAGAAACACCCAGGAAUACCCAGGAACACUCAGGAAUGCCCAGGAAUGCCAAGGAAUGCCCAGGAAUGCCCAGGAACACCCAGGAUCACCUAGGAAUGCCCAGGAAUGCUGAGGAAUGCCCAGGAAUGCCCAGAAACAGCCAGGAACACCCAGGAAUGCCCAGAAACACCCAGGAACACCCAGUAACGCCUAGGAACACCCAGGAACACCCAGGAACACUCAGGAAUGGCCAGGAAUGUCCAGGAACACCCAGGAAUGCCCAAGAAUGCCCAGCAAUGCCCAGGAACACCCAGGAAUGCCCAGGAACACCCAGGAAUGCCCAGCAAUGCCCAAGAACACCCAGGAAUGCCCAGGAACACCCAGCAAUGCCCAGGAAUGCCCAGGAAUGCCCAGGAAUGCCCAGGAGUGCCCAGAAAUGCCCAGGAACACCCAGGAACACCCAGCAAUGCCCAGGAAUGCCCAGGAAUGCCCAGCAAUGCCCAGGAAUGCCCAGGAACUCCCAGGAACACCCAGGAAUGCCCAGGAACACCCAGGAAUGCUCAGGAAUGCCCAGGAAUACCCAGGAACACCCAGGAAUGCCCAGGAAUGCCCAGGAACAGCCAGGAACACCUAGGAAUGCCCAGGAACACCCAGGAAUGCCCAGGAACACCCAGGAACACCCAGGAAUGCCCAGAAACACCCAGGAACACCCAAGAAUGCCAAGGAACACCCAGAGCAGGGGACAAAGAAAGAUUCUCCCCUAG